AAUGGCACACUAUAAAGGCGCAAAGCCAAGACUCGGCCGCCGCUCUCAUACACUCUGCCGGUGAGUUUUCAAAUCCGAUUCUGCGAAAUCCUUCGCCGCCGGUUUCUGUAGAAUCUAAGAAAUGGAAUCCCAGAUCAAGCACGCUGUGGUGGUGAAAGUAAUGGGUAGGACUGGAUCAAGAGGGCAGGUGACUCAAGUGAGAGUUAAGUUUCUCGACGAUCAGAACCGUUACAUCAUGAGGAAUGUGAAGGGACCUGUGAGGGAAGGUGACAUCCUCACCCUGCUAGAGUCUGAGAGGGAAGCCAGGAGAUUGCGUUGAUGAUACUACGAUCCCGGUUAUCCGUGUUGCAGUACCUGAUGGUUAUCCUGUUUUCUCAUACACUCUAGGAACAGAAUGAUGGCUGUUUUCGAUUUUUGCUCGUUUGAAAAGUCUGGUUUUGAUUAUUGGCAUGUCUGAGACCUCUUAGAUUCUAAGGUAGAAUGUUUGAACUGGAUGAGAUUAUUUACUUGAAUUGUCAAACGAUUUAAAGUCUUCUGAUUUAAAGUUUCUGCUAAAAGGGAUUUUCUUGGGUGAAAAUUUUGGAA